UAGACGGGUUAAGAAAUGCCUUUAGUGGUCGUAGAUUGCUGGGCGUAUGUUCACUCGGGAAUUUAAAAACUGCGCGCGGGGCCGUGUUGGCUCUACGAAACAAAAUACUGACUUUCGACUGUAAGAGGGUUUUGAGUGUUAGGAUAUACCUCAGUGCUGUCAGAUAGGGUCUACUGUGUUUAAGGUUGUUCGAAAAGGGGUAAGAAAAAUUUGGAAGAAGUUUUACACUGGAUUAAUACGAUUACCCACAGAGAAGAUUAACUGGACGAUGGAUUAAUAUGAUUAGACUUCCGUUGAAUAAAUGCACCGAGGAUCUGUGAGAUUAUCCAGAGUCAAGAUUUACUAGCGGAUAAAGGAUUAACAAAAUGAAAUGUGAGGUAUAGCUACCACAACGACCACUUACUGGUAUCUUAAAGAAGCAAGAUGCCAGAGCCGCGGUAUGGCAUCAGAAGCAAACUACUAGUGUUAUCCUGGCUACUCAUCCUCUCUGUGAUUGGCGUUGUGAAGAUUGUUGUUGGUUCCAUCAGUGCAGACGGCGGGUGUCUGGGACUGUACCUGCUGCCCUACUACCACCUGCUGGGCGGGAUCCUGUCUCUGCUGCCUGCCAUCAUGUCCCUCCUGGUGUCAUUCUGUGGGCAGACGAAAAACCUCCGGGACGUCUGGUGCCUGAUGGCCAAUGUCUUGUUUGUUUCGUUCCUGCUGAUUUUUAGCGGUACCAUCUACGUCAUAACCAACACAGUGCGGGUGACUAACCUUGACAGACUUUGUACACACACGUGGGUGCCUAUUUUUAGUCUCUGCUCGCUAGCCGUCGAUUGGCUGUUGAUAUUUUUUCUUCUAUAGACUUUUCUGCAUCCAUGAUAUGCCGGCACCGCCGCCGUUACCGGCAGAUUUGCCGGUCUUGGAGGAUUCGCC